CCAUCAUUCCCUGCUGAAUAUGCUUCUCUCACAACAGGUUGUUCUUUUGAAAGCCCAGUGCAGUUUCAAGAAAACAACAGUGUUGGUGAUGUUGUGACAACAAUUUCAGUCACACCUGGAGAGACAAUUGCCAUUACAAAUGCAAACGUGCCAUUUGGAAUUAAUGGAAACCAGCUGAUCGCGACUGAAGUGUUGGACCGUGAGGAGACACAGACCUAUGCUCUUGGUAUAAGAUGUACUCUGGAAGGUGGAUCGAUUUCAAAAACUAUUGUGGUAAUUGUGCAAGAUGUGAAUGACAACAAACCAAUUUUUGAGAAGGAUUUGUAUCAGGAAAAAGUUGAAGAGCUGUCUAAGAUAGACAGCUCUGUGGGUGAGUUUCCUGCCACUGACCUUGAUGGACCUGUGCUCUACUACACGCUGACAUCUGAAUCUGAACCUGAUGCCUUUAAGCUGAGGUCACAAAGUACGCCAGAAAUCCUUGUGAAUAGACCUCUUGAUUAUGAUAAAGUCAAAGAAGUUCAACUAAUACUGAGAGCCCAAGAUACACCUCUGACUUCUCCACCUGAAGGGCCAUCAUUCACUGCUACCACAACCAUCAUGAUCUCAAUCACAGACACUGAUAACCGACCUCCAUGGUUCGAACCUUGUACCAGGCAUACAAUAAAUGAAGUAGUGAUUUGCCAGAAUCCAGGCUACACUGGCAGAAUUAACUUAAAUGAACAAGAGACUGGAGUGUUGCCUCUGAAGCCAGGACCUCUUUAUGCUGUUGAUGGAGACUUUGGAAUAAAAGAGGAGAUUACCUAUUACAUCAUUGCUGGAAAUGAGGACAGCCUUUUUCAGAUUAAUCCAAACUCUGGAAACAUCACCAUGCUGAGGCCAACAGACGUUGUGGAGGAAAUUGCACUGACAGUUCUGGCUGCUCAGACGAAAAACACUCAUCAGUUAGCAACCACAACAGUGACGAUCAGUGUCCGAGUGACGAGCCUUCAUGCUCCAGAGUUUCAGAAGACUCAAUAUGAAGCUCUGAUCACUUCAGUGGGCUCUAUGGCAAUGGACCUGACCAACAAGGAUCAGCCUUUACAGAUCAUUGCUACAGAUGAGGACUACAUUGGCGCUGGGGGAAUAAACCCCAACAUCACCUACUCAAUCAAAGGUAGCAGUGAUUUUGCUAUUAUUGGUGGCUACCUGUUCUUGACCAAAGAUCUGCCAGAGAGCUCAGUAUCACUCCAGGUUGUGGCAACAGACAUUUCUAAUGAUGAAACAGCUACAGCAGCGCUCCGAGUUGAACUGACAUCAGGUCUCUCUACCACCACUUUGCCUCAGAGCACUACAGACUCUAUGACCACAACAGCCAUAGAGAAAUCCACCUCUGACAGCGAGACAACCAAAGAGAUCAUGCCCACCAGUGACUCCACUUUGUCAACUGACACCAUCUUCACCACGAGGCCCACAGAAGGAGUCUCAACUGCAAGCACAUCUCAACAUUUGGGACCAUCUGGUGAGUUUGGAAUUGUGGACAUGGCUGCAUUGGGGGCAACCUUGGGUGUUCUUUUGUUUCUCUGUGUGCUGGUCAUCGGGUUGCUUGUUUAUCGCAUGAGGAAGGGAAAUGCAGCCUGGAAGAAGAUCCAAGAGGCCAGCAUGUUUCGGAGCUCUCUGGGUCAAGCCAAUCAAAAAGAGGGAAUUCAAUACACAAAUGAGGCUUUCCGAAACGAUGAUGACAGAAGUAGCACAGGCUCUGGUGGUCCAGAGGGGAGAAGCGUAUUGACUAGUUGGGAUCCACCAAAGCCAGUAGAGAACAUUCACUCCGAAGAAGUGAACCAGAGCUCUUCAGAACGACUACGGACCCAAUUUCCUGACAACGCCAGUGACAGUGGUUCAGAUAGGGCUGACAAUGAAAAAGAGGUGAAACCCAUCCUCACCAAAGAAAGACGAGUGGAAGAGGGAUACAAGUCUGUCUGGUUUAAGGAGGACAUUGAUCCCAAUGCCAAGGAGGAAGUGGUUAUCAUCCCAGAAAACCAAGAUGAACACAGCGAUGAGGAAGAUGAGGAGCCAUCAUCCGACAGCAGAAAAGUCUUGUUUGCAGAAACGGAUCUGGAUAGUGGUCUUGGUGUUAAAUUUGAUGAUCCAGCAGAUGAUUCUGAGAAUGAUGAUAAACUUAACAUUGAUUUGUGAGAGCUGCCGAAACAUGAUCUAAUAACAAUAACAGGAAUCACCCAUAUUAAAAAUGGACAUUGACUUAUCAUCUAUGUAACUGUUAAUCUGAUCAGCCUAUAACAUUGAAUAUGGACCAGAAAAACACCCUGCAAAAGAUAAAGAUUUUAAUGUAAAAGCGUGAAUUGCAUUUGAAAAGGUGAUUUGUUUUGUUAAGUUGUCAAUGAAUGCUUUAUUUGUGUAAAAAUUUAAUGCAGAAACUGUUGCAGAAGAACCAGAUUAAAUACAUGCAAAGUG